AUGCCCUCCGCUUCCGCCCUAACUUCCUUUCUCCUGCUCCCUGCAGCGAUACUAGCGAGCUACGAUUGCAGUCAUGUGCGGGUCGACCAGCAGUCAUGGAACCUCGAAAAGCUCGGAGGACCCAAAGAUGUUCACUUCCUGCAGCACAAGUAUCCCACGAUCCGCAACACCACAUAUACCAUCGACAUUUGCAAAGCUCUCACCUACCCGUCCGGCACGAAAAAGUUGGACAAGUGUCCGGGAGGUACUCGAGUAUGCGGCAUCGAGCGAUCCUACGACUCGGAUCACGAAGAAGGCGUCCUGGUCCAGGUGAUACCAAUCGCUGGCGAGUAUCACCUCUCCGAGGGCCGCAAAUUGGAUCCCAAGUUCACACGCAUCAAGGAUGGGAAGAGCAAUUCGGAGUCGGAAAAGGAAGGCGUUAUCAUUGAAUACCACGGAGGCUUGCACGAUACAGUCAAGCAGAAGGCCAUUGUCGWAUUUCAGUGCGAUAGAGACAUGGAAGGCACGGAAGGGUUUGAAGACAAGACCAAAUCGUUUGAUGCAACGAGUUUCGAUGACUAUGGACGCAUGGGCAAGAGAGAGGCUGCUGAUGAUGACGACGAARGCGACGGUGAUGAGGAUGAAGGACCGCUGCCCGAUCUGGACGAAGGCAAGGCGUUGCAGUACGUCAGCUACAAGUCGGAGAAGUCCGACAAAGACGACGUAAUGGUGCUUCGCCUGAACUGGAAGACGAAGUAUGCCUGCGAAGGGGAAGCAGCCAAGGUGCCCGGGAAGACGACUGCUGGAUGGGGUUUCUUCACCUGGUUCUUGAUCAUCGUGUUCCUCCUCAUCGCUGCUUAUAUCAUCUUCGGCUCCUGGUUGAACUACAAUCGGUAUGGCGCGCGCGGUUGGGACCUCCUACCGCACGGAGAUGCGAUUCGCGACCUGCCAUAUCUGGUUAAGGACUGGAGUGGGAACGUGGUGGACAAGUUGAAAGGCAGCGGUAGUAACCGAGGAGGAUACAGUGCAGUCUGA